AUGGACUUGGAGAAGACUUUGGACAAGAAAUGGUCACUUGUGAGCACUCGGAGACCUUCUGAACUGACUUUGGAUGGUCUCAAACUUGCAUUUGGGCAGAGAUUUAGAAAUCUGACCGACGAAGCAGCACAGGUGAAAAGGAGGAAGAUGGCUGACAAGGUCCUGCCACAGAGGAUCCGGGAGCUGGUCCCAGAGUCCCAGGCUUACAUGGACCUCCUCGCCUUUGAGCGCAAACUGGACCAAACCAUCGCUCGGAAGAGGAUGGAGAUUCAGGAGGCCAUUAAGAAGCCGCUGACGCAAAAGCGGAAGCUGAGGAUUUACAUCUCCAACACCUUCACCCCAGCCAAAGAAGAAGGGGAGGGCGGGGAGCGCGUGGCCUCCUGGGAGCUGCGUGUGGAGGGGAAAUUGCUGGAGGACCCGAGCAAGCAGAAGAGGAAGUUCUCCUCCUUUUUCAAGAGCCUCGUCAUCGAGCUGGACAAGGAGCUGUAUGGGCCAGACAACCACCUGGUGGAGUGGCACCGGCUGCCCACAACGCAGGAGACCGAUGGCUUCCAAGUGAAGCGUCCUGGCGACGUCAAUGUGAAGUGCACCCUGCUGCUCAUGCUGGAUCACCAGCCCCCGCAGUACAAACUGGACCCUCGCCUGGCCCGCCUGCUCGGGGUGCACACCCAGACCCGCGCCAGCAUCAUGCAGGCGCUCUGGCUCUACAUCAAGCACAACAAGCUGCAGGACAGUCACGAGAAGGAGUACAUCAACUGCAACCGCUACUUCCGCCAGAUCUUCAACUGCGUCCGCAUGCGCUUCUCGGAGAUCCCCAUGAAGCUGGCAGGGCUCCUGCAGCACCCAGAUCCCAUCAUCAUCAACCACACCAUCAGCGUGGACCCCAAUGACCAGAAGAAGACGGCCUGCUACGACAUCGAUGUGGAGGUGGACGACCCCCUCAAAGCUCAGAUGAGCAACUUCCUGGCCUCCACCACCAACCAGCAGGAGAUCGCCUCCCUGGAUGCCAAGAUCCAUGAGACCAUCGAAUCCAUCAACCAGCUGAAGACGCAGCGGGAUUUCAUGCUGAGCUUCAGCAACAACCCCCAGGAAUUCAUCCAGGAAUGGAUCAAAUCCCAGAGGAGGGACCUUAAGAUCAUAACGGACGUCAUCGGGAACCCUGAGGAGGAGAGACGAGCCGAGUUCUACCAGCAGCCCUGGGCGCAAGAGGCUGUGGGGAGACACAUCUUCGCCAAGGUCCAGCAGCGCCGGCAGGAACUGGAACAAGUGCUCGGGAUCCGCCUCACCUAAGGGACGGGCUCGGGAGCUCCUCUGCUCUCCCGGCCGCCUGAGCCCCGGGCUACUUCUUACUGGAAUCAAAUACAGCACUUGCACAAAGCCUACGUGCCUGCAGGGAGUCGGAGCCACUCGCACCCCGGGCUCCCCUCGGCCAGGAAGCUCUAGCCAAAGGCAGAGCAGUUGGAGGGUCCCCUGGUCCCCCG